GCGGGGCGUCCGCCUCACACCCAGUCGAAGGUUCGCGGACAGGAGUGCGAUGAUGGCGAGGGCUCUGCGGAGAACCUGCUUCCUCUCCGGCCAGGGUGGCGGGAGGGGGCUGUGGACAAGCCACCCGCGGUCAGGUAUGGACAAUGUAAAGCCAUUGGAUGGUGUAAAAAUUCUGGAUCUAACAAGAGUCCUGGCAGGACCUUUUGCUACUAUGAAUUUAGGAGAUCUUGGAGCAGAAGUCAUAAAAGUGGAAAGACCAGGAGCUGGUGAUGAUACACGAACUUGGGGGCCACCUUUUGUGAGGACAGAAAGUACAUAUUUUCUUAGUGUUAACCGAAAUAAAAAAAGUAUAGCUGUUAAUAUGAAGGAUCCCAAAGGAGUGAAAAUUAUCAAAGAGCUUGCAGCUAUUUGUGAUGUAUUUGUGGAAAAUUAUGUCCCUGGAAAACUGUCUGCUAUGGGCCUGGGAUAUGAAGAUAUAGACAAGAUUGCUCCUCACAUCGUCUACUGUUCCAUCACAGGGUAUGGUCAGACAGGUCCAAUGUCUCGGCGAGCUGGUUAUGAUGCUGUUGCUUCUGCUAUUUCUGGUCUGAUGCACAUCACAGGGCCUGAGGAUGGUGAUCCAGUUCGCCCAGGAGUGGCUAUGACUGAUCUUGCCACUGGCCUGUAUGCAUAUGGAGCCAUUAUGGCUGGAUUGAUACAAAGAUAUAAAACCGGAAAAGGACUGUUCAUUGAUUGUAACCUACUGUCAUCUCAGGUGGCAUGUUUGACCCAUGUAGCUGCUAAUUAUCUUAUUGGCCAAAAGGAAGCCAAACGUUGGGGCACAGCUCAUGGCAGUAUUGUUCCUUACCAGGCCUUUAAAACCAAGGAUGGCUAUCUUGUGGUUGGAGCAGGAAAUAACCAACAGUUUGCUACUGUGUGCAAGAUCCUGAAUUUGCCUGAGUUGAUUGAUGACUCCAGAUACAAAACUAACCACCUUCGGGUACAAAAUAGAAAAGAGCUUAUUAAAAUACUCUCUGCACGGUUUGAAGAAGAAACAACCAGCAAGUGGUUAUAUCUUUUUGAAGGCAGUGGGGUCCCGUAUGGCCCAAUCAACAGCAUGAAGAAUGUAUUUGCAGAACCCCAGACUCUGUGCCUGGCUGAACUCACAUCAUUCAUUCUCUAUUCCGAGUCUGAGACCUGAAGAAUGCAGGUAAAUUAUCUGUGCUUGUUGUCAUGAGCAGAAAGUAGUUUAUUUCCAGAAUACAUUUUAUUUAAAAUACUAUGAAAAAAAAUGUUCAUAAUGGCAACAACAGUUUAUGGACAUGAUCAAGCAGGUAAUAAUUACUUUUGGAUUGUGUUCCAGAUUAAAAAAAAAUAAUCUUGCAGUUGUUUCUGAGUUUUGUCAUGCUCUGUCCUUUCUGUCUUUAAAAUGAACAUUGACGCAUGAAGGAAAGGAAGACGUGAAUUGGGGGUAUGGCUGCAAGUGACGGAGUAACUCAGAAUUAUUUAAGGAAUCAUUCUGCUGCAAAAAUUACCUUCAGAUAACACAGAAGGUCUUUAUUUAGUAAAAUGUAUGUGUUCUCUGGAUUGAUGCUGUCUCUGAGAGUUGCAUCAUAUAGAGUAGAUGUGAUAAACUGAGGUAGAAUGAAGCCACCUAGUUUAAUGCUAUUGGACAUGUUUAGUGUUUUCUUUAUUAAGAUAAAAUUUUUUUUUUAAUAAAAAUUCCUCCAUGGAUUUCCAGAAACCACAGCUAGUCUAUGUGGUUCCUUUGUUACUUUCUAAAAACAACUAUUUGUCUGUCUGUCUAUAUCUGUAUAGAUAUAAGUAUGUAUAUCUUCACCCCCAAACUGAUAAUUAUUAACUGAUAGUGGGAAGUCAAAGUGUAGAUACUGUCUACAACACUACCUCUGUGACCAAGCUGUCACAUUACUUGUGUGUGUAUGUGUGUGUGUGUGAGAGGGAGAGAGAGAGUUGUGGAAAUAUCGAAGAUAUCCCCAGAGUAUCCUCAUAUUAGAUAGUAGAGCAGCACUCAGACAACUCAGAUUAGAUCUUCCUGGUGGGCUCCUCUUGAACCCCACACUUAACUUCUCCAUAUUUUAUGUUCCUUGCCUGCAAAAUGUGAUAAUAAUGACUGUCGCAAAGGAUUGUUAAGAAGAUUCAAUUAAAAGAGGUAACGUGAAGAGAAAUUGAUCUGGUAUCAGCAGAUCUGGAUUUGAAGCUUAGGCUUUUUACUAAAAAGCUGUAUAACACUGGGCAAUGCAUUUAAUGUUCUGCAUCCCAACAUUAUCAGAUGUAAGGGAUGUAAGUAGCAUAGUGCCUGCCAUGUAACAGGCACUCAGCAAAUAUUUGAUAUUAGCGUAGAAUGAUAAAAACUUGUGCAGAUGUUAACUUUUUAUGAUGAGCUGGUAAUAAGAUAAUGCCUAACUCUGUGGAUGUUUUCUCUAAACUUAUUCUAACUGAUACAGAGAGUUUAGUGGCAUGUAGAAUAGCAUUUUGUUGAUUCCUAACCUGCUACCUUUGUGAAGGAAUGAGUAUAUCUGUAGAUUUAAGGUAAUAGUGUGAUUACAUGCAUUGAUCUUUUUUUUUUUGCAGUUUUUGGCUGGGGCUGGGUUUGAA